AUGACAGGGGUGGAGCUGUGCGAGCCCGUCCAGCUGUACAACAUCUUGAACCAGGCCACGAGGUCGUCCAGACUGGCCGAGCGAAACUACUUGUGUCUGAUCGACGCUCGGACCAAGAGGGAGUACGACGAAAGCCAUCUGAUCACAGCCAUACGAGUGAAGCAGGACGCUUCUGGCUCGUAUGUCGUUCCUCCUUCUGUGGACCUCGAAUUCAUCAGACACUGCGUGGUGUACGAUGGCACAACCAACCUCUUGGACGUCACCAGUCAGACGGAUGCCACUGCGCGGGAAGUGGAUGAAGAAAGAAAUGCCAGGCCUGGGUCCGCCUUACGCUGCGCCAGAGUCCUGCAGCGAUACACUCGCUUUCCUGUCCAGAUCCUGAGAGGGGGUUAUGAGCGCUUCACGGCCUCUUACCAUUUCCUCCGGACCCAGAAGGUUUUCUGGAUGCCUCGGGAACUAGAGGACUUUCUGCCCUACCCAGUAGAGAUUGUGCCGGAUAAACUGUAUAUGGGGAAUUCUAUCCAAGCCUGCCACCAACAGAUACAGAAGGAUCUGAAGAUUCAAGCCCAUGUCAACGUCUCCGAAGAGGUGGACACGUUCUUCCCCGAUGACAGCGACAGAGUCCUUCACAUUUCAGUCCCCGAUUCUCCAGAGGCGGACAUUUCACCCUACUUUAGCGAAGUCUGCCACUACAUCGAUAGCAACAUGCGUCGAGGCGGGGUCUUGGUUUUCUCUACCUUGGGCAUUAGUAGAUGCAGCACAGUAGUCUUGGCCUACCUGAUACAUUCCUGCAGACUUUACUUGAAGAAUGCAUGGAGUUACCUCCAGAAGUGCAAAAGCAACAUCCGGCCCAACCGGGGGUUUGUGCAACAGCUGUCAGAUUGGGAGACCCGGGUCUAUUUGGCCACAAUCACCGAUAUCUCUGAACCGGGUUACUGA